GACCCAAGGCAGUCCAGAACCUUCCAGUCAGGCACAAUGGGCACAAUGGUGUCUGUCCUGCUGUCCCUGCUGCUCCUUCUGGGUCCUGCAGUCCCUCAGGAGACCCAAGCUGGGUCUUACCGUCUGAGCUUCCUCUACACCGGGGUGUCCAGGCCCACUGACAGCCUCCCUAGCUUCCAGGCCACUGCCUACCUCAAUGACCAGGUCUUCUUUCACUAUGACAAUAAAAGCAGGAAGGCCAUACCCCUGGACCCAUGGAGCCAGAUGGAAGGAAUAGAGGACUGGGAGAAGGAGAGUGAACUUCAGCAGGCCAGGGAGAGCAUCUUCAUGGAGACUCUGCAGGACAUCAUGGACUAUUACAAGGACAGAGAAGGGUCUCACACCUUUCAGGGAAGGUUUGGCUGUGAGCUCCUGAAUAACAAAAGCAGUGGAGCAUUCUGGAAGUAUGCCUACGAUGGACAGAACUUCAUCGAGUUCAACAGAGAAAUCCCAGGCUGGGUCCCCCAGGACCCAGCAGCUCUGAACACCAAGCGGAAGUGGGAGGCAGAAGAGGUCUACGUGCAGCGGGCCAAGGCCUAUCUGGAAGAGGAGUGCCCGGCGAUGCUGCGGAGGUACCUGCAAUAUGGCAAGGCCUUCCUGGACCGACAAGAUCCCCCAUCUAUGUCCAUCACCAGGACCCCAGGAGAAGAUACAAUCAAGUGCUGGGCCAGUGACUUCUACCCACAAGAUAUUGAUCUGCACUGGAUUCGGGGCAACACAGUAGAGACUGAGGUGAGGGGAGACCUUCUCCCCAGUGGAAAUGGCACUUACCUGUCCUGGGUGUCGUUGACAGUUUCCCCUUGGAGAACUAAGAACACAGUCUUCUGUCGCAUAGUGCACAGCAGCCUGGACCAGCCCCUCACUGGGCUGUAGGACAAGAGGCAGGGAACCAGGGCUGACAGCCGCAAGGGGACUCAGGUGCAGCAGUCACCCUUCCUGCAGAACGCCAGAAGAUGAGCUCUAGAAAUCACCGUCAGCAUCACCAGUGGGGCCCAGGGAACAGUGCGAGAAGUCAGGGAACAGAAGAUUUGAAUGCCGGCCACUGAGCUGACUCACUGCUAAAUUCUCUUGCAAAACCCCAUUAUCUAAUCUAUAGAAUCAAAUCAACAGUAAUCACCUUGCCUAGCACACAGUGUAGGAAGAGAUUUUUCAACUGCAAUGGAGUAAAAAUAAUGAGUACAUGUUACCAUU